AGAGACAUGUGCUCUCCCUCUCGCUCUCCUUUGCUGUUAACGAGCUGAGUGUUCCAUUCUUUUAUUAUGUUACACUCACCUUGCUCAGUUCCCAUCGUCCGUCAGUCUUCGCUCAAGGAGUUGAAUACGACUUCUCUACUCGCAUGUAUACUGUUCUGCAGACGACGUAGCGCCUUUUCUUUGUUCUUCUUACUCUCCGCUGCUUUUCAGGGAAUGGCGUCGAUGCAGCACGACUUCAUCCACCCUCGUCAGCUGGACGAUGUGCGGGCGAUACGCGCCGCCAUCAAAAGCUUCACCGCCACCAUGAAGCGCAUGAUGGUGCUCAUGAAAGACCUGGGCACCACCUUAGAGCAAGUCAGCCACUCCUUCGAUGCCCUCACCUCCCUCAGCUUCUCCGACGACGGCGUGAAGCAGUACGUCCACCACUUCUCCGAGGAGGUCAUGCACAUGAUGGAGGGCACCGCUUUCCGGCAUUACAACAAACUCGUGCAUGAGGAGGUGCUGGUCCCGGUGGAGCAGCUGCGGGCCUCGUUGACGGCAACGGAGAAGGCCGCCAAGGCGGAGAAGAAGGACUUUGGCCGGUACAAGAAGUCGAAGCGCAAGGUGGACGCACAGGAGAAGUCCUAUGCCACAAAGAGCAAGUCGCUCGAUACGAGCAAGAGCUACCCCACGCGGGUGCAGACGCGGGACAACUCCCUGCUGAGGCUGCAAAGGAGCAAGGACGACUUCGAGACAAAGUUUGUGGGGCUCGUGAGCGAGGUAGAGAAGGUGACGGCCACCACCUUGAAGCGCUACCUCGACUUAAACGCGGGAUACAUGACCUCUGUCGUAGACGCGCUGACCAAGACGGACCCGACGGUAGAGGAGGCCGUCGUGCUCUACCGCGAGGAGCAGCGGCAGCAGCGGCAGAGCGCCAUCAAGCAGCGCUGCGCGGCGGUCGACACGGAAAUUAAUGCCGCCUGCGUCUCGCAGGGCUAUCGACUGAACCCAAGCAGUACAAAUCGUAAUACGAAAGCCUCGGCAGUCGGCGGUAGUGACGCCAGCAGAGGCACACUCUCCACCCCCACAAGGCAGUCAGCGUCACGCCUCCAGCCACAACCCACUCCAGGCACCGUCGCAGCGGCAGCACGCAACCCUUCUGCGAGCAGCUCUUUCGCCCCAUCACCGGUAAAAGAAACAGCAACUCCGCUGUCUUCCGCGCCAAACGGACCGCCGGCAGCAGCCACGGCGUCCACGCAGCCCUCCGCUGCAACGAACCACAAUGCGGCACAACAAGGAGCUUUCACUGUCACGACGACGGCGACAAAUGCACGGCAGGCGGCACCGCCCGCGGACUCAGCCGGGAACAGCCGCGUGGUGGACGACCUGGACGAGGACUUCGGCUCGGCGUCGCAGGUUGGAGCUGCGGGAGCGACCGCCCCACCGCUUUAUAGUUUUAGCCGAGGUCCGACUUCGCAGGUGUCGUCGGUGCGGCCGCCGUCCGGCUACGUGGCCGCGCAGGAUGCCAACCUCACCAAUGAUUUUCUGCGAAAAAUGGAAUCGACGAGUCUCUCCGCCUCGGAGGUGUGCGCGGCCCGCGCUCCACAGUCGUAG